GACCUUUUGGAAACCCUUGACCCACAACACCCUUUCACAGUAGGUGCUGGUAGCAGCGGAACGAAAGACCAACACACCUCAGUUGCUCCGACGGAAGGACAAGGGCUCAUUUGUCCGUUCUUACAAGUUUCCCCCACUCGGGUCCUUGGUGUAUGCAAAUCAAGUUCUUCUGCGUUUUAGCGUCGCGGCUGGCCCAACUUUUCUUUUUGCCUCAGAAGAAUUUCAAAUUGUAGAAGAAAAAGAGAAACUUUGAGAAAUUCAAAGGCUGUAUACCCAUUUGCUUGGUUUGAGGCCACAGGGAGCGUACAUUUGAAAGUUUCUUGACCUACAGAAUGCUCCGAUAUCCACAUUUUUGCAGACUGUAUAAUAGACUGUUUUCAUACUUUGUGGAUUCUGGUGCAUUUAAUUUGGAUGUCUGUUUGCACACAAUCCACACUACAGCAGCAGUGCAUGCUGAAUAUAAAGCCUCAGAAGAGACAGUUCUGUGUGGCACUCAGAAGGUACAUAGAUCUGAAGAGAAAGAGUCUGAAGCCAUGGCUAAAUUACAUAUCCCAGUAAUGGUGGAUGAAGUUGUUCAUUGCUUGACACCACAAAAGGGACAGGUUUUUCUAGACAUGACAUUCGGAUCUGGAGGACACACAAAAGCCAUUCUGCAGAAGGAACCAGAUGUUACUGUCUAUGCCUUAGACCGAGACCCAGUGGCUUAUACUAUAGCUGAGCAGCUUUCAGAAGUGUAUCCGACACAGAUCCAAGCUAUGUUGGGCCAGUUCAGCCAGGCAGAGGCUUUGCUAAUGAAAGCUGGAGUGCAGCCAGGGACUAUUGAUGGAGUCCUUUUGGAUCUAGGGUGUUCCUCCAUGCAACUUGAUGCUCCUGAAAGAGGCUUCUCCCUUCGGAAAGAUGGCCCCUUGGACAUGAGGAUGGAUGGAGACAGGUACCCUGACAUGCCCACUGCUGCUGAUGUUGUGAAUGCUUUAGAUCAACAAGCACUUGCAUCCAUCCUAAGAGCAUAUGGAGAAGAGAAACAUGCCAAAAAAAUUGCUUCUGCGAUCAUUCAAGCACGCAGCACAUACCCUAUUUCUAGAACUCAGCAACUUGCCAGCAUUGUUGCAGGUGCCUUUCCUCCCUCUGCUGUCUAUGCAAGAAAAGACUUGCUACAAAGAUCCACCCACAUUGCUACUAAGACUUUCCAAGCCCUUCGCAUCUUUGUGAACAAUGAGCUAAAUGAACUCUAUACAGGACUGAAGACAGCACAGAAGUUCCUGAAAACUGGUGGUCGCCUGGUUGCCCUCUCCUUCCAUUCCUUAGAAGAUCGUAUUGUCAAACGCUUUUUGCUUGGGAUAAACAUGACAGAAAGAUUUAACCUGAGCAUUAGACAAAAGGUAAAGCAAGCAUCACAGCUGGAUUCAGAUCAUGAGAUUGAGGAGAGAAGCUCUGUGAGAGCUCCUCUGAAGUGGGAGCUGAUACACAAGAAGGUACUUACUCCAGGAGAUCAAGAUGUCCAAGAUAACCCCAGAGGGCGCUCAGCCAAGCUCAGAGCAGCCAUCAAAUUAUGAGGAUCUUAUUAUUUGAUCGACAAGUUUUUACUCAAUAUUUCUGUUUUUCUACCUUAAAACUUCAUUUCUGAAUAUAAUGUAAAGUGUGGGGCAGUCUGUGCAAUAAUGGUAUUUAGGUUUUUGGUUUUUUGUUUGUUUGUUUUUUUUUUUUUGAAGAAAAUGUAGGAAGGUUUAACAUGACAUAGAAGUAUCGACUCGGGGAGCAGAGUCUUAAGACUAGAAAACUAUGUUGAUGAUGAUCUCUGUAUUUUAUUUUAAUUAUAAAAUGUAAUCCUUUCUUUCAUGAGGAAAUGGAAAAACUGUGACAUUGUAUUAAUCAGAAUUCGUAUACUCAAGCUGCCGAAGAGAAUUUUAAACAUAUCUGUAUGCCCUAAACUCCAAAUGGAGAUAUUCACAUUUGCAGUGGAAUUUCUAUGGCUUAUAAUUCAUGAUGAUCAUGGAAUAAAUUAUCAUUUCCCCUA